AUGCACAGACCUGAACGGCAGCCAGUGCUGGAGGAUAUUGGUUUUCCAGUUGGAUUUGCUUGGGCUGCAGCUACAGCAGCAUAUCAAAUUGAAGGAGCAGAAGGCUGGAAUGCAGAUGGAAAUGGCCCUAAUGUCUGGGACAUACUCACCCAUCAGGGAGGAGAUCGAGUUUUCAAGAACCAGACUGGUGAUGUAGCUUGUGGCAGCUACACUCUGUGGGAGGAAGAUUUGAAAUGUAUCAAACAGCUUGGAUUGACUCAUUAUUGCUUUUCUCUUUCCUGGUCACGUCUGUUACCUGAUGGGACGACAGGUUUCAUCAACCAGAAACGCAAUUGUUUCUUAAAAAUAGAAGGUGUAAUUGCAGCCAGAGAAGAGUGGGUUGAGAAUAUUGAGUGGAGCAGCUCUGCAGACCAAGAUCCAGAGGAGAGUGAUAGUGGCUUUGGUGGGUGCCUGGCAUCCAGCCAGGGUCAACCCACUACAGAAGCUUAUGGUGUCUUAAGAAAUCUUACUAUGAGGAUUGGUGUCUGCAAGUUUCUUCUGUGCACUAGAAGAGCCAAUAUCUCUCCCGGGCCUGCGGAUGUCCGUGUGAUCUCUGCCGGGCAGGGCCGCCCAGGCUGCACGGCUGUGUCCGGCCCCUGCCGCGGUCAGUUCCAGCUGCUUUCUGCUCCAGGCUGCCGGGCUGCCUCUCUUCUCAGCCCUGGGAUUUGCCACGGGGCCAGCAGGGUGGCUCGGCAGCUCCCGGCCGCACUGCGGCCCGGCCCGGCCCGGCUCUGGGCCGUGGUUGGAACUCUGUGGCAGCAGAAUCUCGGUCUGCAGCAAAGCAGGGCCCGGCCUGGCCAGCGACCUGUUCCAAAGCCGGGAGCGAGAGAGUUUUCCCGGGGCUUGUUCGUCUUGGGUAAAUACGUGUAA